UAGUCAUGGAGCGGCGGAGUUGAUUGCCUCUAAGGAGGAGGCAUAAAAUUAAAAAGAGAGGGAGUGUGACUGAGUCAGAGAGAACGCUUUAUUUUCGCUGGCGCUGCAGGAGCAAGCCUGGCCGGUUAGGAUCGUGUGUGCGGGAUCGGCUUUUGUGGGAAAUUAAUUUGUUUGCCGCCUGAGGUCCGAAUGGGGCUGCUGGGAAGAGGCGCCGCGAACCCCGCUUAGUGCCGAGAAGCACGCAAAUAAUCCCGAGAUCAGCGGGGCCCAUGGCAGCUGCUGUAGCCGUACCCUCCGAUGAAAAGAAAGAGCAGGAAGAAGGGGAAGAGGAAGAAGAGGAUGAAGAAAAUGGAGAAAAAUUUGACUUUGAUGACAGUGGAAGCGAGCAGGAGGAACUGAGCCUUCAGGAGAAUGGGCAUGAAGGGAAGGGCCAUAAUGAGGUGGCUGCUGAGCUGGCCCCAGCGGAAGCUCCGACGGAGUCGCCCACAGUGCCCUCUGCUGGUCAGGGGGAUGAUGCAGAUGUGACAGACUUGAAGCCAAGUGAUGGGUUCUCUACUGCAAAUGAGUCACAUUCCGGCCAAACCAAAAGUGCCCAAGAAAAUUCACAUGGGCUCUCAUGGAAGAAGAACAGCAUCUAUAAAUGCAAGUCUUUAUCCAGAAGCAGGGAUGAGUGGUCCAGUGUGGUGUCAGAACUCAGCCGCUUCCUACACAAAGCUGACCUGCCUCCUGAGCCAGCAUCGACAGGUAGUGAGAGUCCAGAGGUGAUCUACGAUGAUGUCCCAGAUGAAAACGACGAGUCACAGCCUGAAGAUGACCUCAUCUACGAGAAUGUGGUAGAGCCUGGGAAGACUGCUGGUGACGAGUUAUUGUGGAGCUCCAGUGAAUUUGAAAGCUAUGAUGAACAUUCAGACGGUGGAAUGGAGAACAAGAUGCCGGCACGCAGUAAGCUCUCUCCUGAUGUACGCCGUUUGAAGGAGCGAUAUGCCCAGACAAAACGUGAGCUGCUUGCCAUGCGGCUCGGUGGUCGUGAUGUCACCCAGAUCAAGCAGAGCUACGACAUGAAGGUUCACCAACUGAUGAAAGCAGCACGCAAUGGGACAAAGGAUGGCCUGGAGAAGACCAAGAUAGCCGUCAUGCGCAAGGUGACCUUUCUCCAGAAGAAAGAGUCACAAGAUGAGUGGGAGGAUGAUGUGGGAUACCUGGACGUCACGGUUUCAGAGAUGAAGCACCCUCCUCCAGAGCUGUCACCAAUGCCAUCUGGACUGAGCAACUAUCAGGUUGUUCGCCGCCAUAUUUUGGGCUCCAUUGUUCAAAGCGAGUGCAGUUAUCUGGAAUCCCUGAAGCGCCUCCUGCAGGAAUACCAGAAGCCUCUGAUGGAAGCUGAGCCCCGAAUCCUUGGGCCCAAGAAGGUCCGUCUGGUGUUUUUUCGCGUGAAGGAGAUCCUGCAGUGCCAUUCCAUGUUUCAGAUUGCCCUUUCAUCCCGUGUGGCCGAGUGGGAUGUGAGUGAGAAGAUUGGGGACCUGUUUGUGGCCUCGUUCUCCAAGUCCAUGGUCCUUGAUGUAUACAGCGACUAUGUCAACAAUUUCACUAAUGCCAUGGCUGUUAUAAAGAAAGCCUGCAUGACUAAGCCAGCAUUCCUGGAGUUCCUUAAGAAGAAACAGGCAGCCAGUACCGACCGCAUCACACUGUAUGGCCUGAUGGUGAAGCCCAUCCAGAGGUUUCCUCAGUUCAUUCUUCUGCUGCAGGACAUGCUGAAGAACACACCAAGGGGACAUCUGGACAGACUACCUCUGCAGCUUGCUCUCACAGAGCUUGAGAGUCUGGCUGAGAAGCUGAAUGAGCAGAAACGUGUGGCAGACCAGAUUGCUGAACUGCAGCUCCUGGCCAAAAGUGGUGGGGACCGCACCGUCAGUAAGCUGCUUAGCUCAGGCCAGCGUCAACUUAUUUUGUGCGAAACACUCAUCGAGAUGGUUUAUGGUGAACGCGGGCAGGUCCUGAAAUCGAAGGAGCGCAAAGUGUUUCUCUUGAAUGACACCCUCAUUUGUGCCAACAUCAACAUGAAGGGUCCUACAGAACUCAGCAACCUGGUCCCUGUUGGCCCAAGGUAUACCACGAAGUGGAGCGCCCCUCUUCUUCAGGUUCAGGUUGCUGAGGUGGGCCAGGAAGGUAGCCCCACCAGCAAGGAGAGUGGAUUGCAAGCGUCCUCUUCUAAGAAGUCCAGCAGUGUCACAGGUAGAGGUUUUCUCGGUCCUCCCCGCCUGUACCAGGAGCUUCAGGAGUUGCAACACGAUCUGGCUGUGGUGGAGCACAUCUCCCAGUUGGUCUCCAUGCUGCAGGGCACAUACCAGAACUUGAACUCGGCUGUGGCUCAGGACUGGAGUCUAGCACUUCAGCGACUCAUUCGAAUCAAGGAAGAAGAAAUCCAGAAUGCCAACAAGUGCCGUCUCAGGUUGAUGGUUCCAGGGAAGCCUGAUAAGUCUGGGCGGCCUGUCAGCUUUAUGGUGGUCUUCAACACUCCCAAUCCUCUCAGCAAGAUCUCCUGGGUUAACCGGCUGCACCUUGCUAAAACUGCCCAAAGGGAAGAGAACACCUCAGGCUGGUACUGUGCAGGUGAUGAUGGCAAAACAAAGACUCCCUUUUUCUGCCCGCUGCUAGCCUGCCGAGUUUUGGUGUAUCCAUCCAAGUCAGCCGAGUUGCAGCUGGAAGUGGCUCUUCAUAACCCAGUCCAGUGUGCUCUGCUCGGAUUCUCAGGUGCCAGCACUUCUCUCCCUCAAGGCUACCUUUGGGUGGCCAGCAGAAGUGACAGCAGCCUGGGACAGGUGGACAUCUUUUCCCUCAAUAGACAAACACCCCGCAGUGUGAAAUCCUUCCAGUUGGGGGCGGCAGUGCGCAGUCUUGAAUACGUCCCAGAACCGGACCUGCCUGAGGAUUCAGAAGAUUGGAGAAGCGUAACUGAUCGUGCUGCUGGGGUCGGAAACACCAUAUGUGUAGGGCUCCAGGAUGGCAGCAUCCUUACUUAUGGCAGUGUUGACACCGCUGUUCAGUGCCUUCAGACGUUCCAGAACCGAAAUCAAUCUCCUGUUCUGUGUCUCAGGCAUGCCAAAAACUUUCUUUUUGCUGGCUUGAUGGAUGGGACUGUUGUAGCAUAUAGCAGGAAAUGUGGCGAUGCCUUAUGGGAUCCUGAAUCUGCUCGCUAUGUGACUGUUGGAUCAGAACCCGUCCGAGCACUUCUAGCUUUGGAAGAUUCUGUUUGGGCUUCCUGUGGAAACAGGGUGGUGGUCAUUGAGAUGACCUCUCUGGAGAUGGAGAGUUUUGAAGCCCACCCUGACGAGACUGUGAGUGUCACGCACAUGAUACGAGCCGGAGGAGGCGUGUGGAUGGCGUUCUCUGAAGGAUCAUCAAUCCAUUUGUUUCACACAGAAUCCUUGCAGCAUCUCCAGGAGAUAAAUAUAUCCACGCGUACCACUCUACUCGAUCCAGGUCCACAGAGUGUGAGGGUGACCAGCUUGUUGAUUUGCCAGGGGCUGCUCUGGGUGGGCACGGCACAGGGCAUCAUUGUCACUCUUCCUGUGCCUAAGCUGGAAGGCAUCCCUAAAGUCACAGGAAAAGGCAUGACGUCUAUGAAUGCCCACUGCGGCCCAGUGGAGUUCCUAGUUGCUGCCUCUAGCUUCUUAGCCCCUGAGUUACUGAGGAGAGGCUCAGAUGAAGAACGCGGCGGAGAGUCGGCUAGCGGAGGGGAAGACAGAACAGACUCCUCCUCCCAAGAGUCAUUGCAUCCAGGUGCUGAACCCCCUAAAAGGGACAUAAGAGGGAAGGGGGUCCUGCUACAGUAUCGACUGCACUCCACUUCUCACCUGCCUGGGAAGCCCUUAACCAGUAGACCCGAAGAUUCUUCAGAUUCAACUCUGGAGUCGUUGGAGCACAGCGUCGAGGACGGCUCCAUUUACGAGCUGAGCGAGGAUCCUGAGGUGUGGGUUCGGGGGCGGCCCUCAUCUGAAGAAGGCCUCCGGAAAGACAGAGUGACUUCCCUGGCAAUCAUUUCAGGGGGCAAGGGCUAUCGAAGCCUAAGCCACAAUAUUGCAGGAGCAGGAGGUGCUAGUGAGUCUUCGGAGAGCACACUGCUGGUGUGGCAGCUGCCGCUCAAUGUGUAGGCCGGCAUGCGAGCUCGAAGAGGGCCAGACUUAAUCAUGCUGCUCGGACUGGCAGGCCUGCGGGCAGCAGUGGAGAAUUAUGGGACGCUGGAAUGAGCCAAGGUCAUUAUUUACUGGCUGUUAAUAUUUUUUUUUUGUGAAAAUCACCUAGUGAUGACUUUGGGGCGCCCAGAAAUCAUUUUUGAAUAAAUCUGCUCUUCUAGAAGCUC